GUUCUGUCGCUAUUUACAUCACUUCGAACGAUUUGCUACGGGGUUCUCUUCACAAUUUUUGGUGCCGUUUCAACUACUGUACUUGGUUUAUUCGUUCUACGAUUUGACACUGAAGACAGAUUCUUCAUUUAUUUGAUUUUUAUUGCAUUUGCGGUCUCCACUUUUUUCAGUGUAUUUCUCACCACUCAUCGUUUGGUAUUCCCGGUUGUUGAAAUGCGGCCUUAUUUUCAACUUGAUUUUAUCAUCAUUCCAGCUGCGAAAAAUCUUCUGGAAAAACGACUUCCGAAAAUCUUAAAAUGGACUGUCAUAAUUGCUGUUCUCUGUGGUAUUGUUUAA